GGAUAUUCUGACAAGGGCACUACCAGGGAACAAUGGCGGUGAUAUGCCUUCUAAGUAAAACCAUACAGGCCUAGUGUGAGCCGACGAGGAGGCCAAUUUGCUGUUUUCCUUUACAAGCUAUGAUCUCCAUUGAGCCAGACCCACCGGCCAUCAUCUUUAGAGGAGUCAACCCAGCCAGCACUUCUGCUUUCAUCAUAACCAAAAUCUCUGUUUUCUUUUUCUGCCUUGGCGUGUGCAUCUUCCAAUCUCCAUUGCUCCCCCUUCUCUCUCUUUUCAUACUCUCUUCUUUUUUUUAAGCUGAAGUAAUCAUCUCCACAGUAAUCAUCUCCACGCACAUUAAGCAGAAGAUGCAAUCAUCUCCGCACAAACAUCACACACCACAUAUAAGUCUCAUACAUUUCUUACCUGCCACGCCAAUUACCACUCUCCCCUUCCCACAAAUAAAUCAAACACUACCUUACGCCCAUUCCACAUCUUGUCUCAGUACCACAUAAAACGCUAAAACAACAUCUAAGCCUUAACCAUGAGAAUCAAAACCACCCUCUUCUUUUGGUCCUCUGCUUUUCUCAUUGCACUUCUUUCUAUUACAGUUGCCCUCUUUACUAUCUCUUCUUCCACUGCCACUAUUACUCAAGGUGACCUUGAACUGGCCUUUCUCCGAAGGAUUGUCAAGCAAAGCGGCGUAGAGGACUUCCUGUCUCUUUUAAAUCAAGCCACUGAUAGAGCAUCCCAGAGGCACCACCACCACCACCAUCAUCAUCGGAAGCCUGAGGUCAUAUGCGAUGAUGCCAAAUGGAAGUCUAAGAUCAUAUCGAGUUAUAAUGUUUCCCUUAUUUUGACGGUGGAUUUAAAGGGUUGUGCAAAUUUCAGCAGUGUGCAGAAGGCGGUAGAUGCUGUUCCUGAUUCUAGCCUCUCCAGGACCCUCAUCAUUAUGGAUUCCGGCAUUUACAGGGAAAAGGUAGUAGUGGGCGCUAGCAAGACGAAUUUGAUAUUUCAAGGCCAGGGUUAUCUUAAUACAGCCAUAGCAUGGAACGACACUGCAAAUUCUACUGGAGGGACCUCCUACAGCUAUUCAGUGGCCAUCUUUGCUCCCAACUUCACAGCAUACAACAUUAGCUUUCAGAAUACAGCUCCUCCAGCAUCACCUGGCGAUGUUGGAGGGCAGGCAGUGGCGCUUAGAGUCGCAAAUGAUCAAGCCGCAUUCUAUGGUUGUGGAUUUUAUGGAGCCCAAGACACGCUUCAUGAUGAUCGAGGGAGGCAUUAUUUUAGAGAAUGUUUCAUCCAAGGAUCCAUUGAUUUCAUCUUUGGAAAUGCUAGAUCCCUCUAUGAGGAGUGCACAAUAAAUUCCACAGCGAAAGAGGUCUCAUCUGGAAUAAGCGGAGCGAUCACAGCUCAAGGGAGGCAAUCAGUGGAUGAGAAAACAGGGUUUUCCUUUGUAAAGUGUGUAAUUGGUGGAACUGGAAGAGUGUGGCUUGGCAGAGCUUGGGGAGCCUAUGCCACUGUGGUUUUUUCUAACACAUACAUGGCCGAUCUUGUAGCUUCAGAUGGAUGGAAUGAUUGGAGAGACCCCUCUAGAGACCAGACCGUCUUCUUCGGAGAAUAUGAUUGCAAGGGACCAGGAUCAAACAACACAUACAGGGUGUCCUAUGCAAAGCAACUGAUGCAGUCGGAAGCAGCCCCUUACCUGGAUGUUUCAUACAUUGAUGGAAAUGAAUGGCUUCUUCCCCUUCCAAAGGAUCCAACAAAUGAAAGGCACAGAAAAAUAUGUCACGCAUGCAGGGUUCUGUGCCCCGAAAAUCACUCGUGAUGGUUCUGUUGGAAUAGAAAGGCGCCUUUUGAUGCUACGGUUGUACCCAAACCUAUUGUAAUAUCAUUUACCACACCACCCUUUUUCUUUUACAUCUCUGGGUGUUGGUGUCCGUAACGUUAUCUAAUCAUUCAUUAUUAUUUUUAUUUUCAAUAUUUAAUACCAUAGGUAACAUAUCA